UUUUCACCACUGAGCAUGUCACUGUCGUACACUCUCACACCUUGAUUGUAGUGCUAAUCUUUGUCCGUUGCUCUCCCGCACUGUAAAGGUGAGUUAUCAGCUGCUGCUGUCGAAUAGAGUGUGACGGAACAAGACAGAACCUCCCCCCCGGGGUGAUGCGUUAGCCCUACCAGUUUUGCGAUUGCAUAACCGAUAAUAUGCAUGGUUUCUUCGCAUUUCACUGCAAUGAGUAAGAACAAUGUGAAACAUUUAAUAAAUCCUCUACCAAACAUGCCAUCACAGUUCAAUCGAUAUUUUUUUGGCACAGAGACACACUCUUUCUCUUACUAUCGCUUGUACAAUUUCUGCACGCAACAGAAAGAAAAAACAUUAAUGGAAUUAAAAGGGAGAAUCAGCUCACUCCCAUUGCGCAUUACAGAAAGGUUGAAAGAUGAACGAUUGCUCCACCGAUUGGAGACACUCAACCCCAUUGCCGGGUUGCUCCUUAUUUCCGCGAGGACAUUUAAACUUGUUUCUUUGCUUUCUUUUUUUUAGUACCGCUAGAGCAGCAACUAACCAGUCAUUACUGCUUCCGUCGAUUGACUUUGCGGGUAUUGAUUACACAAUGUUAUGUUUGCGUUGCUCUUCUUCCGGGCGAGCAGUAGCUUUGUGACGAAGGUAUUAUCUUAUCUAACGCAGCAUUUUGCUGUCUUCACGUUAUCCGGCUUCCUUAUUUGUGUGUUUGUGUGUGUUUUUUUGCGGUAUAGAUAUUGUUGGUUAGUUAGAAUUGAUACGAUCAAUGUACCUGACGUACGAAAGAAGACUGCAUACUGAUAAUCAUUCCCAAAAUUAAAGGAAAAAUAAUACAACUGCAGUGUUAUUAUUAUAUAACGUAAACAGUACGUCGCGGCAUCCCGGUGGUGUGUGAUAAACGGCGCCGGUCCACACGACAGGACCGGGUUCAAAUCUCAUUCGGAACCGUCUACUCGCAAUCGCCUGAAUUUUAACCUAAAAUAAGUUUAAUAAACCAGAAAUGACCGGCACAUAACCUUAGAGGUCGUUAAACCAAGAAGAGAGAGAGAGUGAGAGAGAGAAAUUGUUUAGUAAAAUCCCAUCCAGAGCUGUAGAAGUAUUUUUUACAUACAAAUUUCUCUUAAAUGUAUAACAUCACUCCCUCACGUUGCGUCUUCACGCAUACCUUGAAGCAGACCGUACGGACUGUCAGCAGCCUCCAACCGUUGGCAAAUCCCAAACACGGCGUAUCCUUUACCACCAGAAAACGAUGCUAUCGAAACGUACGUAACGUAACGUGUACCGCUUGUUGAUGUUUCCACACACCGACGAAGGGUGCCGUCAUAUCGAAGCAAAGUAGAUACGCCAAUACGGGGAUACGAGAGACGACCGACGUACCGAAAGCGAACCCCACUGCCAAUCAGAACCGGCCGGACACCGUCACCCCGGAUACUCCCAACAGCACGCCCGAUCGACGGUGCGUGCCGCAUCAGCCGUAACGACGUGAAAACGGUGAAGCGAUGCUAAACUCCACCUCCAAGCACGUACUGCACUGUGCGCUACUGUUCGGGCUGCUGAUCGCGUUCGAGAUCUUCUGCGGUGGCAUCAAGGUGAAGGAAAGCUCGUUCGUCGUGAUCGACCCAUGGGAGGAGUAUGGCACGCUGCAAACGAUCGUGCUGUACAUGCUGCGGCUGCUCACCUUCCUGACGUUGCCGCAGGUACUGUUUAACUUUUUCGGGCUCGUCAUCUACAAUGCGUUCCCGGAGAAGGUGAUCCUGAAGGGUUCGCCGCUGCUCGCACCGUUCAUCUGCAUACGGAUCGUAACGCGGGGCGACUACUCCGAGCUGGUGAAGACGAACGUGCUGCGCAACAUGAACACCUGUCUCGACACUGGGUUGGAGAAUUUUCUGAUCGAGGUCGUCACGGACAAACCGAUCGGGUUGCCGAAACAUCGGCGAACGCGUGAGAUUGUCGUGCCGAAGGAGUACAAGACGAAGACGGGCGCCAUGUUUAAGGCGCGCGCGUUACAGUACUGUCUGGAGGAUACGGUGAACGUGCUGAACAACAACGAUUGGGUGGUGCAUCUCGACGAGGAAACGCUGCUGACGGAGAACAGUGUGCGGGGCAUUAUCAAUUUCGUGCUGGAUGGCAAACACCCGUUCGGGCAGGGUUUGAUAACGUACGCGAACGAGAAUGUGGUCAACUGGUUGACGACGCUUGCCGAUAGCUUCCGCGUAUCGGACGAUAUGGGCAAGCUGCGUCUGCAGUUUAAGAUGUUCCACAAACCGUACUUCAGCUGGAAGGGUAGUUACGUGGUAACGCAGGUCCACGCAGAGAAGGCGGUUUCGUUCGAUAACGGUAUCGAUGGUUCGGUGGCGGAAGAUUGCUUCUUUGCUAUGCGUGCGUUCGCCCAGGGCUACACAUUCAACUUCAUCGAGGGUGAGAUGUACGAGAAAUCCCCGUUCACGCUGACCGACUUUCUACAGCAGCGGAAACGCUGGCUCCAGGGCAUCCUGCUCGUGGUCCGGUCGGCCUCCAUCCCGAUCCGCAACAAGAUCCUGCUCGGUAUCAGUCUCUGCUCGUGGAUCACGAUGCCACUGUCCACGUCCAAUAUGAUCUUUGCCGCUAUCUAUCCGAUCCCGUGCCCGAACCUGAUCGAUUUCGUGUGCGCAUUUAUCGCCGGUUUCAACAUCUACAUGUACGUGUUCGGUGUGAUCAAAUCGUUCUCGCUGUACCGGUUCGGGUUGGUUAAGUUUCUUGCGUGCGUGCUCGGCGCCCUGUGCACCAUCCCGAUCAACGUUGUGAUCGAGAAUGUGGCCGUCAUAUGGGGGCUGGUCGGCAAGAAGAACAAAUUCUACGUGGUGCAGAAGGAUGUGCGGGCGCUCGUUACCGUUUAGGGUGGAAUCGUGGAAGAGCAGGAUGGAGGAAGAGCGUUCGUGACGUUGUCGAGAUCUCGGAAGCGCGGUGGUAUUAGUUGUUAGUUGCUAGCUUUUAAGACACUUCUCUUUACUUUACUUCGUUACUGGUCAACUGAAUCGGUCACACACCGGGCGGUUCUGUUUCAAAACAAGCUGUAUUAUCCUUUACAUCCUUUGAUUUAACUAUUUUCUCUCUCUUUCGAACGUUACAAUCACAUCGUGCACAUCGUUAUCCAGCGUGGUUGCGAUACGUGGAUAGCGGAAGGUGAAGCCCGUUCAUACGUUUGUUUUGCUUUUGUUUCGUCGUAUGCAAUACAACGGACGCAUUGAGUAACGAAAACAUCACAGGGCUGCACUGAUGGGACGAUUUUGUACACGUAUUUACUUUACGCGAGCGACAGGCCAGUGUAGGAGGAGAGGAGGUUUUGGGGAGAAAUAGGAACGGAAGGGUUCGUUAAUAGAACGAAUGACCAAUAGUCGAUUAAGAUUGCACUGGUGCACUAUAGGAAAAUUAAAAAAAGCAAAAAACAAACAACCAAGAGGCAGUGAAAAAGCAAUUUUUAAAAAUGCGUAAAGUAAAAAAACGCACCAUACUCGUGUUAGUUAAAAAACAAAAAAACCAAACGAUAACGAACCCCUUAAGCUAGUAAGGCCGGUUUGUAACCCUCUCUUUCUCGGAGCGGUUCCAUUUCAGCAAAACGAUCGUGUGCAUAUCCCCCCCGGUGUGGUUUCGCACUACAGCCCGAAAAAAAAGCCGAGGCUAAAACAAACCACCAAACACUUUGUCCUAAAACUCGUUUGGAGGAUAUAGUGAAAAGCGAAAAAAAGGCGUAUAUAGAUGGCGAACAGUUAGAACAGCAACAAGAAAAAACAAACGACAAAUGCAAACUUUAAAUGCAUUAGCUGCUUUAAAGCAAAUUAGUUACUAGCUUAGGGAAGGAAGGAAGGAAGGAAAAAAAACGAAACACAUAUAUCUAUUUUGCACCGGCAAUGAUUUCUAAUCAAUCAUUCACUACCUCGUCUUUCUUUUCUCAUGCUGCAACAUCGGGUCAUUCGAUUCGAAUGAUAUUAAAUGCAGCAGUAAUAGGAAGGAUUAAUAUUUUGUUCAAGUAGUAACAUUGUGCUCUACUUACAUCUAGUCUAUUUAUUUGAAGUCGCGCAUGCUGAAGCUUUAUGGCAUACGGUGGCAGAGAGCAGACAGCACUUACAUUAGUGUGUCGAUUUAUCAUUGGAAUUUCCUUUGCUUGGAAUAGUGAUACAUAUUGUUCGCAUCUGGAGUAAUGUUUGCAGCAUGGAACGCUUUACGCGUUUCCUGCCACAAUACUCCAGCUUUAGUUUUAGUGAAGAAAGACACAGCGCUUGAAAGCGAAGAUAAGGGAAGCUUAAAACACUCAGGCUUGUAAAGGUCGCACACCAAAAAAAAAAAACAAAAGCAUUCUUUAAAUAGAAUUAUCCUUUCUUGUUAAAUUAGUCUCGCUCUUUUUCUAUUGCUUGCAAUUGUUUGCUAUAAAAUCUGUGCUCUUUUUGGUAUGCUUUCCCUUUAUAGCAUAUUGUUCUCACCACACAAUUUGCAUUGUAUAAUGUACCACAUAAGUAAUAAGCAUGUAACCAUUAUGAUUUCAUUACCACACCUAAUGCAUAAUGCCGGUGUGUGUGUGUUGAUUAGGCAUUACUGCAACAACAACAAAAAAACAGGAUAAGAUUUUUUUUCAAAAACCACCAACAACAAGCAAAAGACAUACCAUUUGCUUAGUUAGAUUGCAUUAGAAUACUAAUCUUAAACGAGUCGAACGUGUUCGGUGCAAUAUGAUAACAAAUAGAAACCGAUUUACGCUACUUUACGCACUAUUAAAUGUAAACCAAAACAACCCAGAAUAAUACAAGUAUUUUUAAAAACAGAUUGCAAAAAGGGUUUGCUGCUUAAUGUCAGCUUUUUCUCAUACCGCUCCAUACAUACCCGAUAGUUUUGCUGUGUUUAGGUUAAAACAAACAUAUAAAAAGCACCCAAGCACACACCACUGCACCAUGUACAACCUCGCUGUCAGGUGCGUUUGUUUGGUCAAGGAAGAUUUGUUUUAUAAUUUGUAAACAGAAUCUCGGUUCGCUUUAGAAUUUCACGCACCGGCGAGCUGGGGUUGUUUCCUAUUGUUUUUUCCAUCAAUCAACAUCAGAAAAUUCAAAAUCAUUACUUAUUAUUAAAAAAACACACACAGAGCUAUCAAGGUGGGUGUGUGUUCGUGUGUACGUGUUAAUGCGUUUUUAUGUUCUAAAAAAGAGGAAAAUUAUGUAAACUUAAUUUAAGCUUUACUUACGUGUAAAUCAGCAUAAAGCCACCACGGCUUUAUGGGUGGGCAGAAACGUCACAAUGUAUAGAUAAAACGUUCAUAUAAUUAUGCAACUAGAAUAUCAGUGAUAGGCAUUAUAGUUUUAGUUGAUAUUGCUUUGUUUUGUUACUUUUUUUUUGCAAGUGUUUUCGAUACUUUACGGUUUCAAAACUAACUGCGCACUGGAAAACUAGGAAGGAACUCCCUGUUGAACACUAUGGAGGGAUCUGUACUCGGGAGAUGGAUUUAUCUAUCUUCUGUUCCGCAUGACACUAGAGAGCAAGGCAAGCAUCAGUAAUUCGAAUAUUGUAUUCGUGCUAGUUACGUCAUGAGAACGGUACCGUACGAUCCACGCUACAGUAGACCGUCCACAGUCCCUGCGCGUUUUAGGUGGCCGCCAUGUUGGGAUACUACCGCAGCUGGUGAUGGCCGCAAAGCGGUUAUAAUAGGGACAAGUUCAAUCAACAAAAAAAAAACAAAACAAAAUAACUAGACGGUGAGAGCAGCAUCUUGCAGCGAAGUAACAUGUAUGUGUAUACAGCAUAGAAUUUUUCCUCUUAUUAUUGGCUUAAAUAACGUUUGUUACCUUAGAUGUUUUUUGCAAGGACCCGGAACGAUAGGUACGACUAUUCGUCGUGCGUAUGAUAAGUUUUAGCCUGGGUAGGGUAUUAUUCAAAAUCCCAUUCAGCAUCACACUGCUGAAUGGCUUUUUGAUGUCGUUUCUAUGAGUGAAAAGAAAAAAUAGUUUGUAUUUAUUCCUGUAAGGAAGUUAGAUUAACUCCCAUACCUUUGUCUUCUUUUUAGUUGACGAGGGUCUGCCUAGGGUGGUAAUAACGUGACGUGAUCGUACUGAAAUUGUCAUGGUACGAAAUCAUAUUUCUAAUUACAUCACACACAGUACGCUAGCAUCAGUUUCGAUGCGCCAGAGUCAGAGAGAAUGUACAUGUUCUGUAUUUAAAGCUCGUCACAACACAACCUCACCCUGUUUUCUUCGCUGAUUAGUUUCAUGUAUUUAUUGUCUAAGCAGGCGGUUUGCCUUAAGAUGUGAACGAUAUUAUCUGCAACACGUUUAUAUAUGAUUCUAUCAUUUAUUACUGUACACUAUUAUUAUUCGGGAAAAUAAGUAAAAAUUUAAUGAAUAAAGAAAAUGCAAACAUUGAUAAUAGAGAAGAAAAAAAUCGAGGAAAAACACACGGGACACAAGCGUAGAGUUGAGCGAAUGGGUAAGAAAACCAAACAAAUUAUAUAAAAAUACAGUAAAACAAAACAAAUGUGUUCAGCCCGGUACGGCGGGUUUAUAGACACGUGGGGGAGUAGACUUUUUUGUUUGUUUUUGAAGCGGAAGGUUCAGCAAUCAAUCGAGCUGAGCAUUCGCGGGGAAGAGUGCGUUGUUUUUUUUUUAUAUAAGACAAACAGUAAGUAAGAAUUACGGCAAUUCUAAAACAAGAUACGAAUAGAGGCAGAUACUGAUCGGAAGUGAACGCUGCGAAUGGUGAGUUUAGGCAGAAGAAAACCCAAAUGCUUGAUCAAAACGAAUGAAAUCACGAAUAACCAAUAAAGAAAAAUAAAACACUCUUAAAA